GUCCCAAAGUGUUCGAGGUGCUCGAGGAUCGGCGCCAGCUGCACAUACCAGCCUGUCACUGCGCAGCAUGCAGUUUCUCCUCUGCACCGUGCGGGAGCGGGAGCGGGCGCGCAUACGCCAUAGCCACGGAUGGGCCUCGCUGCUGUGACAGACGUCGAGGUGGGAGUGGCGCCGGACGCUCCUAUCAGCUACCGCCCGUACAUGUCUGAGCUCGUGCAGUUCUGUAGGUCUCAAUCCCCCCUUGUCGAGGAGGCUAACCUGUCAAUCCCGGCAAGUCCUCACAUCCAUCGCGCUACCCUCGGAUACCGUGAUGACGGAUAGCCUGGCACACCAUCUUCGUUCGCACUGGAUGCAAACCGCCAUGACCGACCCUUGUUUGUUUCACGCGACAUUGUUUAGUGCAUCCGCAUCGAUCGACAUGCUGCGAGGUCAGCAGAGCACCACACUAACUCUAUAUCACCAGACUUGGGCUAUUCGUCUGAUCAAUGAACGCCUCGCACAGCGCGAGCCGGUCUUGACCUACGGCACAUUGGGGGCAGUUAUACCCUUGUUAUAUUACAAUAUGGUCGCACUCGAUCGAGAGUCCGCGGUCGCACACCAAAAGGGCCUGGUGAAGAUGCUCCUUGCGACGCCAAAAUCCUUCCGGGCUGACAUCGGUCCACUUAUCGCCAUUGUCAAGUUGGCAAUGCUUUCUUUUGCCUGUAUCUACGACAUGCUCCCGAUAUGGGACUGCUUAUACUCGAACACUAUCCGUCCCAACGCCCUGCUCAGGAACAUAGUAUCAAGGGCAGUACUAGAUAGUGAGCGGAUACUUUAUUAUAAAGAGACCCUCGACGCCAUUUUAGAUGUCUACGAAGCUGUCUCUCGACUUGACCACCUCGUUGACGCCGACGAACCUCGUAUCUCUGCUGAAGUAGACACCGUGCUGUCCUUCGCACGGAGCAAUAAUACAUUGACACAGACUGAGCACUCUCAAGAGUAUGACUCUAAAUGGCGAAUAAAUCUCUGCUGCCAGCUGUCCGCCCAACUACUCUGGAAUAUCCUGCGACGACCACGUCAAAGCCGAGGACACGCCGAACAGAUCCAGAACACCACUGAUAACGGCGGAAGCGAGAUUGAAAGAAUCCUGAAGCACAUCCAACAGGUAGAACCGCUCUACUGGAUUACCCAUGCACCAGAUGUAUUCACAUGGAUCGUUUUUACUGCGGCCGCUGCAUCAUCUACCCUACCCGUCCGCGUUGCUUUCAUCAGCCGCGCCGGAACGGUUCUGACAGCUGUCGAUGGUGAAAGUCUUUCGUUGAUCAGACAGGGGUGGAGAUACUUCUGGCUUCUACGGCGCCUCGGUGGACUUGAUGAACCGCAUACUGCUCGGGGAGAAGACUGA